UUUCACAGAGUCACGUGAUUACUGCUCCAUCCUCGCCAUUUUGAGUGUAGCGUGAGAGAAAGAGAUCACUUUUACUGCAAAAGGAAAAAGCUCAAAGUCUUUCAUGUGCUGAGGCCAAAGAUCAUUGAGAAUUGCUGGACCAGCAUGGAGGAGACCAGCAGUGUGGCGCUCCUGGUCCCCCACACGCGGGAGCAGCAGGACGUAGCCUUCGCCCCGGAGCUGGGGGCCGCCAUCGGGGCGCAGAGGCAGGCCGCCGACUCCCUGAUCCAGGUGAUCGAGAAGCUCAGCAAGAUCGUGGAGAAGAGGCCCAGGCGCUGCACGCUGUCGGGGAGGAAGAGGCCCCACCUGCCCUGCGCCUCCGUCCCGCCGCAGGACAACAGGGGGGAGGGCGAGGACGCCCCCUCCAAAAAGGCCAGAGGCGGCGAGGGGCCUGCGGACGGGGCCUCCGGGGAGGACCGUCUCCAGCCAGGAGGCGCGCAGGAGGCGUGCGGCCACAGGACGGUCACCUGCUACCAGUGCAGCCUGUGCAGGUUCACGUCCCCGGCGCUGUCCCAGCUCAAAGAGCACCUUCAGCAGCACGACGAGCAGCAGAACGACAUCAUCCUCGUGUGCUCCGAGUGCUGUUUCACCUCUCGCCAGCAGGAGGAGCUGGAGGCGCACAUCAGGGAGCACCUGGGCGGCGAGGACUGCGUUAAAGACGACGCGUCGGAGUUGCGGGGUGGCACGGGGAAGGGGGCGGAGUUCUUCGGGGAGGAGGCCAGUGGCCCGCGAGCGAGCGCAGAGGACGGGGAGGCCAAAGCUGGCCGCGAUGGCGCCGCGGAGGGAGAGCCCGCCGGGAAGAAGUGGUACAGCUACGAGCAGUACGGCAUGUACCGCUGCCUGAUCUGCAGCUACGUCUGCGGCCAGCAGCGCAUGCUCAAGACGCACGCCUGGAAGCACGCCGGCCUGGUCGACUGCUCUUACCCCAUAUUUGAGGACGAGUCAGAGAGGCCCUCCGCGCAGGUCCCGGCCCCUGCCGAGGAAGCCGUGGUGGUUCUCGCGCCAGAGGCCCUGCACCACGCCCCUUCCUUCCAGAUCAGCCUCUGCCCCGUGCCGGCCGACUGCCAGGAGAAGCCUGCCGAGGAGCCGGAGGAGGCCAACGCCCCCAAGGUCCCUGAGGCGGAGGAGCCAGUGGUGGAGGUGCAGGUCACCACAGAACAGGAGCAGGAACAGGAGUCCUCCAGCAUGGACAGCCUCCUCACCUCCGCGCAGAAGAUCAUCAGCUGCAGCUCCAAUGGAGCAGGCCACGUCAAUGUCAUCGUGGAGCGGCUGCCUGGAGCAGAGGAACCCGGAGCCAGCAAGCCCUUCAUCAUAAGCCCAGACACGCAGGCCAGAGAGCCCUUCAUCAUGGGCCCAGACACGCAGGCCAGCAAGCCCUUUGUCAUGAGCCCAGACACACAGGCCAGAGAGCCCAUCAUGGACCCAGACACACAGGCCAGCAAGCCCUUCGUCAUGAGCCCAGACACGCAGGCCAGAGAGCCCUUCAUCAUGGGCCCAGACACGCAGGCCAGCAAGCCCAUUAUCAUGGGCCCAGACACGCAGGCCAGCAAGCCCAUUAUCAUGGGCCCAGACACGCAGGCAUGCAAGCCCUUCCUCAUGAGCCCAGACACGCAGGCCAGCAAGAGGCUACUGGUGGAGGAGGCCCACCCAGUGUACUACGAGGAGGAGGUGGUGAUCGGCUGGUGUCACGGCGACCCGCAGCAGGGCGGGGCCGAGUCCCCUGAGGACCCGGCGGCGGACGAGAACGUCCCGCCGGCCCGGAGGAGGACCCACUCCGAGUCCCUCAGGCUGCACUCGCUGGCCGCGGAGGCCCUGGUCGCCAUGCCGACGCGGAUGCCCGAGCUGAUGAAGGCCGGCAUCAAGGGCGUGGUGGAGCUGAGCGCGCAGGGCCCCGGCGCCGGCCCGCGCUUCGUGGAGAUCGCCUCCGCGGGCGAGGGCCUGGCCGGCGUGGAGGACGUGGCGGGGGGCGCGGCGGCGCUGGUGGGCCUGGAGCUGCAGGCCUCCCCGCGCAGGGACAGCGGUGCAGCGGCGGCGGCAGGCGAGGGCCCGGCCAAGGCGGGCAUCAGCGUGUCCCUGCUGACCGUCAUCGAGAAGCUGCGCGAGCGCACCGACCAGAACGCCUCCGACGAGGACAUCCUGAAGGAGCUCCAGGACAACGCCCAGAGCCAGCCGGGCGGAGAGGGCGCCGCGCCCGACGCCGGCCUGGUGGAGUUCGUCCCUGACAGCGACAGGCCCUACCGCUGCCGUCUGUGCCGCUACAGCAGUGGGAACAAGGGCUACAUCAAGCAGCACCUGCGCGUGCACCGCCAGAGGCAGCCGUACCAGUGCCCCAUCUGCGAGCACAUCGCCCAGGACAGCAAGGACCUGGAGAGCCACAUGAUCAACCACUGCAAGACCCGAAUGUACCACUGCAAGCAGUGCGCCGACACCUUCUACUACAAGAGUCAGCUGAGGAACCACGAGAGGGACCAGCACGGGCUGGGUGACUCCACGGCAACGCUGAUCCCCGUCACCGAAACUACGGCUGCCAUGGAGGAGUCUGAGGAGAAGGCCGCAGAUGAGGAUGCUUGCAGCGUGCAGAAGAUCUACAAGUGCGACGUGUGCGACUACAGCAGCUCCACGUACGUCGGGGUCCGUAAUCAUCGGAGGGUCCACAACUCGGACAAGCCUUACAGGUGCUGCAGUUGUGAUUUUGCUACAACCAACAUGAACAGCCUGAAGAGUCACAUGAGGAGGCACCCCCAGGAACACCAGGCUGUGCAGCUGCUGGAGCAGUACAGGUGUUCCAUGUGUGGCUACGUGUGCAGUCAUCCUCCGUCUCUCAAGUCGCACAUGUGGAAGCACGCGGGUGACCAGAACUACAACUACGAGCAGGUGAACAAAGCCAUCAACGAGGCCAUAUCGCAGAGCAGCAGGUCUCCCAGCAUGCCUCAGAAAUCCACUGCCGUGCUGGAGCAGGCGUGCGCGCUCUCCAGCGGAACGGAAAGGGCCACGCCCAGUUUGGACCCUCCGGCUGCGACCUCUCUGGAAACGGGUGGGGCGGGCGCGCCUGUGACAUCGGCAGAGGUCGUCCAGCACUCGUCCCCGGCCGGAGGGACCCCCAGUGCCCCCGAGAAGGGGGCCGCUCACCCCAGGGUGGGCAUGGAGUACUGCGUGCUGCUGUUCUGCUGCUGCAUCUGCGGCUUCGAGUCCCCCAGUAAAGAGCGGCUGAUGGAGCACAUGAAGGAGCAUGAGGGGGAGAUCAUCAGCAUCAUCCUGAACAAGGAGCAGCAGCAGGGAGUCCAGGCAGCUGCCCCUGGCACGGGCCACUGAGGAAACCUCGCCCCCUCCCCAUCCCACAGACCCAAUGGCAACCUGCACUGCCCCCAUGCUCCUCCCCCAAGGUCCCCACCGUCCCUCAGGAUUAUAUACCCACACUUAUUCUGAGAGUAUCACUAUGGAAAUGUACGUGUGUGUCCCAUCUCUGCUACUCUCUCCCUCUCUAACAGUCCCUUUGUCUCUCUCUCACUCGUCCCCUCCUUCCUCUCUAUGUCCAUCUCUCUUAACAGUCACAAAUGACUGUCGGUUUUACGUUGCCUUUCCUCUUGAAAAUUUGAUCAUCCUUUUAUAGAAUGGAUGACAAAUGAUGGUCAGUCUGUAACUAACGAACGGGAAAACUAGGCCAUCAGAACCUUCAUUUUCAAAGGAAUCUUAAAUAUUUUUUUUAGAAAAUAACAGUUGCAUACAUUUUUGGAUCUCCGUUGGCUAAGACAGUCAAAUACCUCAUUAAACCAGUAUUUCUGAGUAGAAAUAGUGUUCAGCCCGUCAUACUGGGCAUAAAUGGUAUGAAUGGUAAGAAGGCAGCUUCUCUUAUGAAUCACUCUUCACUGUAAUAUUUAAUCUAUAAACACACACACACACACACACGUGCAUUUAUAUUCAAUAUUUAAGGUUCCACCCCUUUAAGCUUGGUAGGAAACUAGACGCUUGCCACAGUAUGAGUCACAAUUUAUAUUUUCGUUAAUAUUUAUUUAAUUUAUGUUUAUACGUGUCAUUUUAUGAUACUUCUGCACAAAGGACAUGCAUAAAACAUCAUUGUGUGCAUGGUGCUAUUGAACUGUUAAGCUGUAAAAUGCUAAAAGUUCUCGGUUCACAUAAGUAACUCAAGGAAUGUGUCAUAUAUAUCCUACAAGAGUGGGAUAAACGGUUUAGAAGGUGUAUGGCUUCUCAUUUUUGUAGGUUUGUGUCAUGAACCACAUCUACGUAAUGUAACGGUGACAUUCUCAUGGUCUGUGGUCCAACAUUCGUACCAGUACAUUUGUAGUUCUCUCAGACUGACAGGCUAAUAGGUAAUCUUGGUACAAUUUGAAAUGGCAAGCGCUAAGUGACAACAUAUAACUUUAUAUUAAGUUUGAUUUUGUACAAUCAUACGCAAGUGGUUAUUUUACAGAGGAAGUAAUUGGUAGCUAUUAGUGUUUCUCAUUAGGCGUUUUGUACUGUAUAUUAUUAAAUAUGAGUCACCUUGAUAUUUCAAUUCAUUUGCUACUUUAUAGCUCAGAGUGAUACCUUACCAGCCCAAAUGAUUUCAAAAUAGCUUAUUUUAUCUCAAAACCAAAAAGGUGAUCUUUAUAUCAUUUCAUAAUUAAGGUAUUAAUGUCUUUUUAGAAUUUAUUUAUAUUUAGCAUAUUCUCAGUUAAUGCUAUCGAGUGUCUGAACUCAACCAAAAGCAUUUCAGUUCUGAUAGAUUUUAAAAAGAAUACAUUUGUAUCAUUUUUAUUAAGCUGCUUACUUAUGACUGACAUUACUAUUUCUGUCAACCUUUUGCUAAAGAUCUCUUUAAAAACACGCUGUUGCUGCAGGGAACAUUUGUUGGACAAACUGGUGGUGGGAUUGCGAGUCUGACAUUGUAGACCCUUUAUCUAAAAAUUGUGGUCAGAUAUCAGUGGGUCUGGUGUGUGUGCAUGUAUGUGUGCGCGAUUUAGCGUGUCUAAGCAUAAGUAUAUUCCACAGCUGUUGGAUUCACUUGAAUGUAUUUUCUAAUUAAAUUGCAUUGUAAAUCAUUUAACUGACAUUAAUUUGGAAUUUUUACUUUUUUGUGAGGGGCGUUGGCUGUUCAAAGUAGUAAAACAUGACCUCCCCAUGUAGUUUAAUGCACACUCAGUCUUAUUUAUGCUGAAAUAUAUUCUUUAGUUCAUUUGCAUACCUGUACUGUUUUUGGUCAAGCAACGGGGGUUAAAAUGACUGAUAUACUUUGGUGGUUUCUGCAUUGCAUUGAAAUAUUGUUAUCUGUUUGGCAUGCAAACAAUAUAAGUAAAAUACCAGCUGAUUUUUAUUUUUCCUAUUUAAUUUACAAUUUAGAACAGGGUGAAACAGCUUGACUUUAUGUCACACUUGCAUAUUUACUUGUUCCUAUAGCUUUUUUAUGCAUUUUUGAAUGACCUCAUAGGCGCAUAAAAACUGAAUGGAAUCUGAAAGUUGAUGUCUAUGCCAUUUUCUGCAGGCAUUGUGCGUUGGAUAUUCCCGAUCUCUUGUAAUGGCACUUAUGUCACCAACAAAUUAAAAAUCUAUGUAGAUAUCACUGAUUUAAUGUUAUUUUUGCAGUGGGUGUACUGUAGUGCAGCAGAAUAUAUUCAUGUGUGUGUCGUUUGACUUUGUUACCUUUCUGGACAUAAAGAAAAUACGUGGAAUUAAUUGGAGGAUUCUUGUUUUUGUAUAACAGGAAUGCAACCAUAGAUGUGAAGUGCAAUAUUCAUUAAGAUGCUCAGUUGCAGAAUACGGAAAAAAAAAACGAUGCACAAACAGAUUGAAAUCCUGACUGAAGAGUAGAAUAGCUAAUUUCAGCCUGCCUCAGACAGUGUUGUCGUGCAUGGUAAUGUGCCAGCUUAUGGCAAGGCUUCUGUAGAAUGAUGGGAUAUUGUAUGUGUCUAUAUGUAUAGACAGAAGCCACGGGUAUACCUCAUGGUUGUGUCAGAAUAUAAUGCAAAUGCCUGCCUGCCUGCCUGUCCAUGCAGCUCAAUAAAUAACAAGCUUUAUAAUCUGUGGUUGCAAUCCUGUACAACAUUUGAUUAUUUGAGUAUGCCAUUUGAGCAGCGUGUACCCUCUAUGGUUGUUGUAAACAGUGUUCAAUCAUUCCUUGCCUAGUGUGCCAGAUUUUGAGCUUCUUCCAUCACAGAUUUUGGAAUAACAUUUUGCAUUGUGGGAUGUCAUGCUGCAGGUUUAAAAAUGUUUGAAUUUUUGAAAGUCCUUUUGAAAUUUGGCUAAAGACAAGAAAAACCGUCAAAUGAAUAAAAACCUUAGGCUCCCAAACGCUAACUGUCCUUGUAAUUUAGAAUGCUUCCAUAGGAAAGUUGGUAUAUUUCAGUUUUUCAAACCAUCUUUAGCCCCAGUCAUUGCCAUGGGCAGGAGAUAGAAAUAUAAUUAGAAUUUCCUUGAAAAUCUUUACAUUUAUGCUGAAUGUUUUAUAUGUUUUUUAUUUUAGCCCUUUGUGUCACCUCUGAAAAUGUAAAAUAUUUGAUUUUUGAUCUAAUUAUGCAGAAGACUCAAAAAACCUUAAACGUCAUCGUAGGAAAUCAAUCAAAACCUUCUGCUGUCUGUUCAUGUUGGAUUUUUAGUUUUUGGCCAAGAAUGAAUAAUAUAACUAUAUAGUUAUUUAUAAUGGUCAUCAUUUUGUAAUUCAACACUCACAACACAAUCAGACAUGUGCAAACCACAAUUUCUCCUUGUGGCACACCUGGCAUAGUAAUGACCCUGUUUGGGGGGGGGGGGGGGGACUUUACUUUAGACCAUUUUUGUGGGCAUUUAGUUUCGAUUUUAGACUGCGUUGUAAAGUGUGUGGAAAAUGAAUAUCCAUGUCUAGGAACCUACACUUUAUAUCACCUUUGAUCUUUAAAGCAGAGCUUUGUGCCUCCUGUUACGGCUGUGGCUCUGAGUGUGGUAGAAUAUGAUUGAUUCUAGGUUUUAGUAGGUAUAGUUGGAGAGAUAGAUGAGGGGUCAGUGUUGCGAUAUAUAUCCUAGGUACGAUAAUCAAAUGCAAAGCUCUCAUGAAAGUUUGCAUGGGUCCUGUACAAUGUUACAGCAUGUUAAAAUGCCUAUGAAAUUUAGGAUAUGUCAACCAGAGAAAAUUUACAGUGCCCUCAAAUUAUUUACACCCUUGAUAGAGAUGAACAAAAAGACUACAUUUUGCUGCGAAAAGUACCAAACUGUAUUUAAAUGAAAAAAGUGAACAUUUUUUUAUUUUGAUUCUGUGAAAUGAACCAAAGUUACACUUCUGAAAUUAUAGAUUUCCCCCUCCCCAAAAAACCCUUUUCAGUAUUUUGUGCACCCUCUAUUCAUAAGGAAAACAUUACGGAAUCAUCUUCUGUUGUCUUUUUAAAAAAUUAUUAUUUUAAAAAACAAAAGAAAACCUUGGUGAUGUCUGGUGGUAGAUUUGUAGGCUGUGUCUCCAAGAUCUAAACAAUUUUUGUGGUCUCGAACUGUGAUAUUGAAUUUUCACCUGAAGAUACGAUUGUGUCCUUCACCAGGCACAUUUAUCACUGUUUUUAAACUGAAUUUACCUGAAAGUGGUUAUAUUUGUUGAAACCAUCUGACUCGAGGGAAAUAACCCUUUGUCUUGUUUCUUAGAGGUCUUUGCUUUUCCUUAUGGUCAUGACCCACCAGAGUUUACACUUGCGCCAUCAUGUCUAUACCCCAGUAACACAAAGCCAUGUGAGGCCACAGUAUAGUUCCCCAUGACUGACAUCAAUAUUUGUUGGAUUUUAAGUUUUAUUGGGGGGCAUAAAUUCCCUUUUUGGCCAAACAAAAUAAGUCAUGAACUGUAUUUUAUAAAGUCUUCUUUGCACGUCUUUAUCCAGGGUGUGAGUAAUUUGAGGGAGCUGCAUCCAAUAGCUUGGGCGGUUUGAUAAAACGCUUGGUGUCAUUUCCUGUUUUGAGUUCAUUUUCAAACCUCAUCGCUAAUGGACAAGUCCAUUUGUAUCACAAUGAACUAAAAUUCAAGCAUAUGUAGUAGGAACAUUGUAGUGAAUGAAAUGUUUUCACUUGUGUGCCUUUGUAUGUUCUUAUGCUGACUUUCAUAAGAAUGUCCUUUUGAAUGCCCAUAAAGUGAAUAUGUAAGUACGCCUCAAAGCAGGAAUGUCCUGCUCCAGCAUUUCAGUUUUAUAUCACAAGGUCUGCUUUUCACUUACUGUAUGUACUCUGUUCAAACUUGACAGUCAUUGAUUUUGUGAUGUACACCAACCUAUCUGGUACUAUAAGGAUUUAUACAGGAUUGCUUAUAUAAAAAUGUAUAUAUUAUUGGAAACUUUCUUUUUUUUUUUUUUUUUAAAGAAAAUCUAUUUUUAAAAAUGUCUUGUAAAAACACUAAGAACAUUUAAACAAAAAAAAAAACAAAUGCUUUUUAGCCAAAGUGUAGAACCAUUAUGGCAGGCUUAAAUACCCACUGCAACUUGAACAGUUUAUAUUUAUAAUUAAAUUCAGCAUAUUAAGCUGCAUGCCUUAAUGCCAAAGCAGUGAAGAAAGACUUGAUCACAUCUUUUACCCAGUAAUCUACCCUUUUAGAUAUUGUAACUGCCUUCAAGUUUGUGAUGUUAGAUUUAUUUAUUUUGCAUAGACUGUCUUCGGUUAUUGUUAUGACAUUUCAUUGGUAAUAAAGACAAACAAAAAAAUUA